UCCGGUAAAGAUGGCGGCCCCCAGUGCCGGGUGGAAGCUGCCGCUCUCUCUGUGGAGCCUCGGGAUUGUUUUGGUUCUGCUCGCCAGCCGCGGCGCUCCUGGGGCGGAAGGAGUGCAGACUCGAGUAAAGCAGUUCUUGAGAAGCGGUCACACGAACAAUUGGGCUGUGCUGGUGUGCACAUCCCGAUUCUGGUUCAACUAUCGCCAUGUUGCCAAUACAUUGUCAAUUUAUAGGAGUGUCAAGAGACUGGGAAUCCCAGACAGUCACAUUGUGCUGAUGCUUGCUGAUGACAUGGCGUGUAACCCACGAAACCCCAAGCCUGCCACAAUCUUCAGUCACAAGAACAUGGAGCUGAAUGUCUAUGGGGACAAUGUUGAAGUUGACUACCGCGGCUACGAGGUCACCGUUGAAAACUUCUUACGGGUGCUGACAGGCCGGCUCCCUCCCAGCACUCCCCGAUCCAAGCGCCUGCUUUCAGAUGACAGGAGUAACGUUCUCAUCUACAUGACGGGACACGGAGGCAAUGGUUUCCUGAAAUUCCAGGAUUCUGAGGAAAUUACAAAUAUUGAACUCGGUGAUGCCUUCGAGCAGAUGUGGCAAAAGCGAAGGUACCAUGAAUUGCUUUUCAUCAUCGACACUUGCCAGGGGGCCUCCAUGUAUGAGAAAUUUUACUCUCCAAACAUUCUGGCUCUGGCCAGCAGUCAGAUUGGGGAAGACUCGCUCUCACAUCAGCCAGAUCUCGCUAUUGGGGUCCACCUGAUGGACAGAUACACUUAUUAUCUCCUGGAGUUUUUAGAAGAUAUUCACCCAGCGAGUCAGAAUAACAUGAACGACCUGUUCAAAGUUUGCCCCCCAAGCCUGUGUGUUUCUACUCCAGGGCACAGGAGUGUCCUGUUUCAGAGGGACCCCAGAAGCGUUCUCAUUACAGACUUCUUUGGCAGUGUGCGCAAGGUGGAAAUAACAAGUGAUAUCAUCCGACUGACCCAGAAUGACACUGAAACCGAGCAGAGCGAUGUAACAGAAAGCCAGACAGCUCCAGUGCUGAAAUAUGUGGAUCAACUUGCUGUGGCACAGAUAAUUCAUCAGAAACCAAAGCAAACAGACUGGCAUCCGCCAGACGGCUUUAUCCUGGGCCUCUGGACACUGAUCCUGCUCGUCUUCUUCAAAAGCUACGGACUGAAGCACCUCAAGCACGUAUUCUGAGAGACCGUACAGAGCUGGCAAUGAGAGGGGCUGGUUUCCUUGGCUCCAACCCUUCCCUUCAAAAAAAGAUCAAAUACUGUUGGUUUGAUGCACUGUGCUGUAAAUUAUUCUUACUUGAAUUUCGCGGGGUAUUUUAAUUUCUAUUUUGGGAUGUGGUUUGAGGGUAGCCUAACGGGCGAAGGGGUAGUUUCAGUGUGCGAUAUGUGUAAAUGGGUUGUUGUGUAAGCACCCCUGACAGUAAGGUGGUGCAGAGGAAAACCUGACUCUCCCGAAAACAGAGAGAGUCCUGCUCCAUUUGCAAUAAAUCACACCGUGACAAUGGAUUCAUGCUCCAUUUGCACCAUGACCUCCCAACAUUGAUGCGAAAUAGGGCAUUGCAUGGAGACUACACCAUGACGGUAGCCAGAAAAUAAAUGCUUUGGUUACAUAGAAACAGGAGUAGGCCAUUCAGCCCCUCGAGAUCCUUCCUCCAUUCAGUGACGUCAUGGCUGAUCUGUGGUCUAGCUGCAUUUUUCUGUUGUUGGUCCAUAUCCUUUGCUUAAAAUAAAUUAUCUAUAUCAAAUGUAAAAUCAACAAUGUAUCCUGCGUCUAUUGCCAUUUGUGGAAGAGAUUUCCAAGUAACUACCAUCCAUAAUUGGUUAUGAUAAUAAACUAAACUCUGUAAUGCCUGAUAAA